GUGAGUACCUUCAUAACCGAUACUAGUUACCAACAACUUGGCAUAUAAUCAGACGUUGAUUUCUGGAGGCGAUUGCAAGCUUCCUUUUCAUCCAACACCUCUCAUGGCGUCUUGUCUGAGCCUGUUCGCUAUUGUGCUUGUGCUAACUGAAAUUCAAUGCAACAAAGUAUUGCCAGGGAUAAAUCCCCUGCUCAGUAUGGUUAAUAACCUCAGUGAAUCUAUAGAAACUCGACCAGUUUAUAACAAAAUGCAACAAACGAUAGUACGCUGGACUUUUUCUUUAACCUCGAUUCAGCAGGUUGACGGGGAUUCACAGAGCUUCUCUUGCACCAGUCAAAUGGCCUUUGAUUGGAAAAACGAGUAUUUAAACUGGAAUCCAGGUGAUCACGGCGGCGACGUGUGGAUUUACCCUCGGCUAAAUGCCGUUUGGCGACCACAAUUUGUCUUCGUCAACGGCCUCCAGGAAAGUGAUCCUUUCAAUGGCGAUGAUGCCCGUGUGUUGGUGUUUUACAAUGGUUUCACUCGUUGGGAGACCAAGGUGCAUUUCAAGGCCUCGUGUGAAAUUGACGAGAGCAACUACCCAACUGAUGUACAGAAAUGUACACUGCAGCUGGUCUCCAGGAAGUUGCCAUACAAAGAGCUGCGUUUUAAGCCUCUGGGAAAAAAAUCAAACUUCACGACCUUCAAAAACAACGAGUGGGAGUUGGUUGAUUUGGAUUUGACCACAUACAACGAAACAGACAGCGGCAUAACCUACUCGGCUAUUAAAAUAACUAUUAAAAUUAGCCGGAAGCUAUCUAUAUUUCAUUUCAUUCUGGUGUUCCCGGGAAUUUUUAUCUCCUUUGCAUCCGUCAUCAUCAUUGCCGUACCCGGAAAUGCCAAAACAAAACUUGGUUUGGGUAUAACAGAAAUAUUUGCUUUGGUUACGUAUGUAAUAAGUAUAGCAGUAUGCUUACCGAAAUCCGCCUCCGUACCAAGAAUGACCAUGUUUUUAUACUGUAAUAUUGCAUUUACAGUAUUAACGGUGGGGGCUGUAUUUUUGAUACAUGCCAUCUACGAAAAGAAGGAGAAUGAAGAGCGGAGAAACUCUACACGAGACCAGUACACCCAGACGUCUGCUGAUGUACUAGAGUCAGGCGAGGCACUGCAGGAAAACGUCACUACUGUCUCGGAACUCACACGCGAUAGAACAAACAGCAACACGAAGUGCCAUCACAAAAACAGCAAAAGGCUUUCUGAGAUUGUGUCCUCUGUUGUUUUUAUUAUAAUAUGGAUUGAUGGGAAUGUCUUGUAUUUCUCAAUGUGGCUGUCUUCUUUACUAUGAGAUGCAAUCGAUUUAAGUGCCUGUAACCAUUUUUCACAGAAACCGCACACGGUAAAACAAAAAAUGAUUUUUCUUUUAAAAAAGUAUGAAAAUAAUCAACUGUAAAAACAAACAAGAACCCAUCCAUAACA